AUGGAAUCGCACGAUGACGAUGGCUCCAUUUGGGGUUUUGUCGGGACUAAUCGCGAGCAGUCAGAAAACGGAGAGAGCGAUGACGGCAGCAUGGUUAUGGUGGCUCGGUCCUCGAGUCCCUGGCCUGUUGACUUUCGCGCCAUCCGCAAUCCAAUCCCUCCUCCAGUGAGACUAGAAUGGCCUCCCACCUUGCCGUGGUUCCAAGCUCAGGCUCUUUAUUCUAGAGUCAGGGGUACCGAUCAUCUACAAAGUCCCACUGCAUGGCGUUGGCUGAUCGAUGGUGCGAAGUUGUUUCCAACGCCGGAGACUAGCAAGACGCUAAUGACCGCUGUCGGGUCGCGGGCAGUUGCCAAUAUGCUCACCGAGACGGGAGGCAUCAAGUUAGCCGCCGCCGAGCUAGCGAAGUCAAUGCCGGAGAGUUUCGAGGGGGAACAUAUGUCCCGCCUCGAGGCCCUAAUCGGCGACGAUCCGUUGGAAGCCAAGCAUGCGGCGCUACGUUUGCUCGCCUACCAGGUCUCGAACAACCUCGUGCAGGACGACGAGGACGACCCGGACGAUGACAAGAACGAGAGAAUCGUCAAGAUGUUCAGGGAUGUCGGCCUUCCCUCGGAUCUCUGGGUGAAGACUUUCUCGCAGAACGACCAAUCGACCAGGGCUUUCGCCGAGAACUUAUUUGAGGCGGCCGUCAACUGCCGGGCUCGCGAUGUGAUGGAGGCACUUCUGGAGUCCGGUGUCAACCCCAACCAAGUAGUAAGGUCGGUUAUGACUGGCCGGCUUGCGAGACCGAUACAGAUCGCAGCGGAUUCCCGGGUCCACGAUGCUGAAAUGGCAGCAUUGUUGCUCCGCCAUGGAGCGGGUGUUGACUUGACCACCGAGGAGGAAGAAAAGCCCGCCAUGCACAUUGCAGCGGGGUCCGCAACGCUGGAUGUUGUCAAAGUGCUCGCCGAGAACGGCGCAGAUAUCUAUGGUCGCUGUAGCCCAGACUUCCUCGAACCCGUCAGCACUCACACGCCGUUGGUUUGUGCAGCCAACUCGGCAGCGUACCAAGAAAGAUGGUACCAAGAAGGUCGACGAUCACCACAAGAAGCCAACCUGCCAGAGGAGCGUCCAAGCUACCAGAUCUUUCGUUAUCUUCUUGAUUUACACAGAAAAGCCAAGUUUCCAAGCCGGAAUCGGAGCAUCUACCGAGACGCACUUGUGAUGGCAGCAUUUCGCGGAAGGAUCGACUUCAUCAAUCUCCUCCGAACCGUAAGCGUGGACGCAUCUGAGCGCACAGCCAGCGGCGUCAGUCCCCUAGAAGCCGCCGCAGCGCGAGCCCAGAGGACAGUGCCAACCUCAUCGAUUCUCCUCAAGAUGGGAGCGGCGGCAAGCCCGCCGCGCCGGCGGGGACGUCGCGGCGAGCAGCCAUCUGCACUGCAUAUCGCGGCCUCGAACGAUGACGCCAAGCUGGUACAGCUGCUCGUCGAUAACGGCGCCCUAGUCAACGACCAUGUCAGGCUCGAAUCGUGGACCGACACUGGUGUCCUCAGCAGGGACUACUACUAUCGCAAUCCGGAGGACUCGAAACCGGUCUUCCUUCACCAUCACACCCCUCUCCAAAUGGCGCUCCACUCAAGGACCGACAUGUUCCGCGCUGGGCACAAAACGGGCACGUCGGCCCUCAUCUUGCUAUCAGCCGGCGCCGAUCUCGUAGGUGGGGAGCUCGCCCAGGCCGUUCUCAUCGGAAACGAGGAUGUCAUCCACGCGCUGCUGGACCGUGGAGCUGACCCCAACGACAAGGGCCUGGAUGGUCUGACCGCCCUCCAAGCCGCCAUCUCUGCGGGCCAGGAGGAAAUAGCUACCAUUCUGCUACGUUCCGGAGCCAAGCUAUGCGGCGGCGAGAUGUACUUGGCCGUCAAUGCCGGUCAGAGGAAGAUGGUGGAAGCGCUCCUCGAGAGGGGCAGCAGCCUGAAGGACACCAGCCUGACGGGAUCGACGUUGCUGGAGGCAGCUUGCAACUCCGGUUGCUUAACUUUUCUGACAGAGAUCGCCGGUGAGGGGCGUGUUACCCUCCGCUACGACUCUGGCGCUCUAUGCGCCGCUGUGCUCAAGGGAGAUUUGGCCCUCGUCGACGAACUGCUCAAAUUGAGACCACGCGGGAGAAGAAACCCGGUAUUGGAAGCCACAGCCCUCGGCAUCGCGGCGUACACAGAACAGGAGCCGAUAUUCAACCGCCUCCUCCGCCUAGACAACGGUUUCCCAACGCACUGCAUACUUCCCAUGCCCGACGAUUUCCACGGCCACAAAGCCGUGAUCCUCUACAGAUACACCGUCUCCGAAGCCUACAAAACCACCGGCUUCUGGCACAAGCCCAACAUGAUCCGCUCCUCCCCCCUCGUCCCAGCCCUCCUCUCCAAGAACCACACCCUCAUCCAAGCCCUCCUCUCCGCCCACCACCGGCCCGACCCCCUCUCCCUCCUCGUCGCAAUCCGCCACCACCCCCCACCCACCAUAACCACCCUCCUCGCCCACGGCGCAGACGUCAGCCGGCCCCCGCGCCACGACCUCGACACCCCCUUGCAAUUCUCCAUCCGCCUCCGCCGCCUCGCCACCGCCCGCCUCCUCCUCUCCCACGGCGCCGACCCCUCCGCCCUGCCCGCCGUCCUAGUCCCGGCGUACGACCCGGGCACAGACGACCCGCCUCUCCCAAACGCCUGGCGCGGCCGCUCGGCGGUGCAGGCGGCGGUGGAGACGGGAGACGACGACGACGGGUUGCUGGAGGAGCUUGUGUCUGGGCGCGGCGUGGACGUCGACGGGCCUGUUGCGGCCGACACGGGUGCUUCGGCUUUGCAGCUUGCGGCAAUGGCGGGGCGGAUGGGGGUUGCGAGGCGGUUGGUUGGGGGUGGGGCGCUGGUUGACCGGGGGCGGGCGGAGAGGUUUGGGCGGACGGCGCUGGAGGGCGCGGCGGAGAUGGGGAGGCUUGAUAUGGUGCAUUUCCUGCUGGAGAGGGGGGCGCGCAUCACGGGGUGGUGGGGCACGUGGCAGUACCUGCGGGCGGUGGGGUUUGCGCGGCGGAAUGGACACCUUGCUGUGGCGAGGUUGCUGGAGGGGCGGAGGAGGUGGGGGAGGGUUAAUUGGGCGCGGUUUGAGAAUCCUGGGCUGCUGGAUGAGGUGUUUGUGCUGGAUCAGCGGCCGCCUAGGGGGUUUAGGUCUUCCACUUCUAAUGAGGAUGAGGAGGAGGAAUUUGAUGAGUCUGAAGACGAUGAGGAGGCAUAUGAUGAUUCUGAAGGCGACGAGGAGAAGCGUGAAGACGAAGAGGGCGGGGAAGACGAAGACGAGGUGGUUGUAGUAAAAUGA